CUGCUCUGCGUCUCGUCUCGUCCUGCACAGCUGAAAGACCUCCCUCUACACACGAUCAGCCUCAACCACCGACGAGAAAGACAGAGAUAUAGACAGAGACAGAGAGAGAGAGAGAGAGAGAGAGAGAGAUGGGCAAGCUCACAGGCGCAGAGGUCGCGCGGCACAGCUCGGCGGCGUCGUGCUGGGUGGUGCUGCACGGCCAGGCCUACGACGUGACGGACUUCUUGCCUGAACACCCCGGGGGCCAGCAGAUCAUCCUCAAGUACGCGGGCAAAGAUGCCACGGCCGAGUUCGAGCCCGUUCACCCGCCGGACACGCUGGACCGGUACCUCGACCGCACGAAGCAUCUCGGCCCCGUCGACAUGGACACGAUGGAGAAGCAGCUCGCGGCGGCCGACCCGGACGAGGAGCAGCGGCUCGAGAGGAUCCGCCGGAUGCCCUCGCUGGACCAGUGCUACAACCUGAUGGACUUUGAGUCCGUCGCCCGCCGCGUCAUGAAGAAGACCGCCUGGGGGUACUACUCCUCCGGCUGCGAGGACGAGAUGGUGCCGCUCACCCACCCUCUAUUAUCAUUGUCCAUGGAUGCUGACAGUUGCUGCAGACGAUGAGGGAAAACCACACGGCGUUCCACAGGAUCUGGUUCCGGCCGCGCAUCCUCGUCGACGUGGAGAGGGUCUGCACCCGCACGACCAUGCUGGGAACCCCCGUCUCGGCCCCCUUCUACGUCACGGCGACUGCGCUGGGCAAGCUGGGCCAUUCCGGACGGCGAGGUCUGCCCUCACGCGCGCCUCCGCUACCCACGACGUCGUGCAGAUGAUCCCCCACCCUGGCGUCGUGCUCCUUUCGACGAGAUCUCCGACGCUAAGAUCUGACCGGGCGGACCCCAAUGGCUUGCAGCUUCUACGUCCAACAAGGACAGAGCCAUCACCCGCCGCAUCGUCGAGCACGCCGAGGCCCGCGGCUGCAGGGGCC